CUUUCAACGCUUAUACACAUCUGCAACGUCCCAGGGAAAAGUCGUACUAACGUCUACAUUAGGGAUAAUAAUAACAACUUGUGCGUCCAUUACCUAUAUCGAUUUUGUAGCUAGCUAUCCAGCUAAUGUGGUCAGCCAUACAAAUCUGCAGUAAUAUGCGCAACUUUACUAAAUUCAGGAGUGUUUGCAGGUUGCUGACUCUCUUGGAUGGUCACCACUGUGGCAGAGUUUCUCGCCCCCUCCCUUACAGUAUUCCAAAGCCUCAGCGGAUUCUGGAACCCUCUACUGUUUUCCGCGAGCAUAGUGCCAUGGCAGAUCCAGGCCUGUACAGGCCACCCCCUGCCGUGCGCGGGAUGACCGUGCUGGAUCGGGAGGCGUUCACGCAGAUGAUCCACGUACCCGCUCUUCGUGUCCCCACUACCGUCCUCAACAAGGUCGUCAAGAGCCUCAAGAAAAUAGCCCUGCAGCGGCCAGGCAUCAAACGUGUCGUGGACGACGGACAGCCGGUGGGCGGCAGCGGACAGCACCGGCUCCUCCUGCUGGACCCACACUGCGUCGCGUCAGCCGAAUCCUUCGGCCACGAGGAGACAGCCGCGCUGACCGCCUUCGGCGUAUCACCCGAGCUGCAUCGCUACGAGCUGCAGCUGACCUACGAGAACCUGAAGAGCGAGGAGGUGCUUCGGGCCGUGCUUCCCGAGGGACAGGACGUGACCUCGGGCUUCAGCAGGGUCGGCCACAUCGCGCACAUGAACCUCCGAGAUCACCAGCUGCCAUACAAAAGUCUCAUAGGUCAGGUGAUCAUGGACAAGAACCCAGGCGUUACCUGCGUGGUCAACAAGACUAACACCAUCGACUCCACCUACAGAAACUUCCAGAUGGAGGUGCUGGCAGGAGAGAGUAACAUGGUAGCCAAGGUGAGAGAGAACGGUGUGCUGUACGAGUUCGACUUCUCCCGCGUCUAUUGGAACCCGCGGCUAAGCACGGAACACGAGCGUGUGGUGUCGCUGCUGCGCUGCGGUGACAUCGUCCUGGACGUGUUUGCCGGCGUGGGCCCGUUCGCCAUCCCAGCCGCACGGCGCGGCUGCGUCGUGCUCGCCAAUGACCUUAACCCCGAGGCCCACCGCUGGCUCCAGCACAACGCCCGGCUCAACAAGGUCGACGCCGCGAUCACGACCUUUAACCUGGACGGACGCGAGUUCCUCCGGGGGCCGGCACGCGAGCGUCUGCCCGGACUAAUGAGAGGCCCGGGUGCCGUGCACGUGGUCAUGAACCUCCCAGCGCUGGCGUUGGACUUCCUGGACACCUUCAGGGGACUGUUAGGCCCCGAGCCGGACCAGGGAUUAUCCUGUGAGGCCACCAUGCCUCAGGUGCACUGUUACGGGUUCUCCAAAGAAGACGAUCCCCAGCAGGACAUGGUGCAGCGGGCGGAGGCAAGCUUAGGGGUUUCCCUGCAGGGGCGCUGUUCGGUGCAUAUGGUGAGAAACGUGGCACCCAAUAAGGAAAUGAUGUGUGUGAACUUCCGCAUGCCCCGAGAAGUGCUGUACACAAUCAGCAGCUCAAAGGAGGAUGAUUCAGAGGAGCCAUCUCCGAAGAGACAGAGGUGUGAGGAAACAGAAUAGCACAAGCCCAUCUGAACCAUAGGAAUUUUGUUUUAUUUUGUUUUAUAAUAAACUAUCCAAAUGUUCUUUAAAA